UACAGAAACAUUCGCAAAAGUACAUGGAGAAACAGGGACGCCAAAUUGGAUUGUCCAGAUAUCCGACUAUGGUUCCCGAUUGGAAUGAGGAUCUAUCCCAUGAAGGUCAAACGGAACUAGUUAGGAAAACUUCCACGAGCAAGAGCAAAGCUCCGACAUAUUUGUCAGUUAGUGAAAAACCCAUUAGCAGUAACAGUCUGAAUGGCUUGCCUCCCGACGACAUCAACACGAAUUUCGAUUAUAGGGAUGUGUCUUUAAACACGCCCGCUUUAUCGAAUUCCGAAGCGGGUGUUUUAGAAGGCACUUCAAGUUCAGGAAACCGUGUUAUGCCACACUUUCAACAACUUUUGUUAAAUUUGCAGAUGUUCGGCAGCUCUCGUGGUCACCGAAUGGUGACCAUAUCUGAAAAUGAAAACGCGGAAGACUUCACGGAAAUACCAGAAUUAGAUGAGACAGCUUUCACAUCACAGAUGGGCGCUUCAUCGGGAAUUGUGCCUACCGAAAUGACUUCGUUUAGAUGGUUUGCUACCAAAUGGUCAAGUUGUUCAGAGACUUGCGGUAAAGAUGGCUUUCAAAUUCGUACCUUCCAGUGUGCGAUUGUGUCCGGGAAUAUCACAAAGUUUGUAAACAACACGCUUUGUGAAGAAUCCGGUGUUAAAAUACCGAAAAUCAUGAAGAAGUGUGAGACCGAACCUUGUUCCUUUUGGAAUGCAUCCCACUGGACACCCUGCAAUGUGUCGAAGUGCUUCAAAUUAAAUACAG